AUGUAUACAAAGAAAAUCAUUACAUCAAACACUUCAACUCCAGUAUCAAAGAUACAACAACAACAAGGUCAAAGAUUAUAUCAAUCAAUCUCCUCUAUCUUUCAAAGACUAUCUUCAUCACCAUCAUCAUUUAUCGUUGGUCAAAGAUACUUAUCAACUCUGAAUGUUGGUUUCCCCAAAGUUGAAACACAAUCUACUACUAUUGUGAAUGAACAAGAAGGAAAGAUAUGGAUUGAUUCAAUUCGCAAUAAUCGAUUUGAUGCCAAGCUAUCCCUUUUUGGGUCACCAAAGAAAAGACUUAUCGAACAUAUUGAAGGGAUUGCUCCAAAAGGUGUUAAACUCGAAACAAUAAGUAAUGGACAAACCAAGAAUGGUUGUUAUGUUUCUGCCAAGUUUGACCCAAAGACCACCUCUAUGCAAGAGAUUAUGGACAAGAUUAGAGAGAAUGCUGCAAAGUACAACUUGUAUUUACAUUGUUUAGAGGCUCAUGGUCAAGAAUAUUCGGGUAGUACUGGAUUCCUGACCACUUUUAUUGUCACUUUUGAUGGCAUUGAAAUACCAUUAAGCCAAUUGCAUUCAUUACUCUCUCCCUAUGGCUCAAUCUAUCAAAUGAGAACCAAAGGUAGGUUUAGUGAAUAUCUAUGGUCCCGAAUAGGAAUAUCGGUGACAUUUGACGAGGCAGUAUCAGCAACACGAGCCACUAAAUGUCUCCAUGGAUUGUCAGUAUCAGCAACUCGAGACACUAAAUGUUUCUAUGGAUUGGCUCAACCAGAAAGUAAAACUAUUUUAAAGUUUAAAUCAAUCAUGAAUCCAACAACAAGGGAUAUUAUAUAUCUAUUAAAGGACUUGACAGUGAUUGCCCUACUUUUCAUGGGAAUCGGAAUUACCUAUGAUUAUUUGGCCUAUAAACAGUCAUUUUUAAAACAGUUAAGUGAAUCGAGAGAAUUUCUAUCUCAAAUCAACGACUCUAUAAAUCAAAUAAAAGCAGUGAAAUAA